GCCAGAGAGAGGGGUGGCCCAAGCUCCAGACCUAACCCACCGUAGUGGAUGAGACGGUGCUGCCCCGCCUGAUCGGCCGCUCUGGCGCGAACAAAAAUUGCGCCUGUCCGCGACGUGGAGUGCUCUCAAGUGGGCAGAUCUUCCAUCACUGUGGCUUCAAACGGCCCGACCAAGCCCGGCCACACACCAACCGGCUGCGAACACAGGCCUGCUCCUGCUCUCCUUCACCAUGUCUCGGCUCAACCUAGAAGUCCUCAAGUUCGGCAUGUACGUCAUGUUCCCGAUCGGGAUCAUGUUCUACUUCGGCACCAACCUGGACCAGCGAUUCGCCGUGCCUGAUUUCUGGCCCAAGCCCGAGCAAGCCAACAGAGUGCCCCACGAGGCCGACGAGAUACGGGCCGAGCUGGAGCGGCUCCGGGCCAGGAGGCUGCUGAACAGGGAUAGGCGGCUAGCUGCCGAAGCGGCCCAGGAGAAAGCGCAGACCGAGGACCAGGCACGGUCCGAGUAGACACAGUCACCCCCGUGCUGUCAGCGAGGAGAAAUAACAUGCGCUCGGGGUAAGGGGUUGGGUUCUGUUCGAAGAUGCCUGCCUGUGUACGAUGACCGGGACGAAGCGUUGGUAAUACCGGGACACGAAAAAUUAUGUAUCAUCUCUACGGCGGUUGCCGGGUCUUAGUCAAUGAGGCGUUUGUUUUGGGAGGGACAUGUUAUUUCACAGCGCCACUCUCUCCACUCUCAUGAGCUGCAUAGGUAUGUCUGUGGUCUAUGGGAGGUACGGGUCUAGAAUAUUCAUCUAGGAGGUGAUGCGUGUCUUGCAUCGGCACUCGCUACGAGUCUAGGCUCUCCACUACCGAAGACCAGUCCUCAUCACUGAGGCUCUGCCCCCUGGCCGCGUUGGAGUAAAUCGACUGGACCUCGCUGUGCUCUCGCAAAGCAGAAAGAAGCUCGGCCAGCCGCUUGGCCUCAUCUGACGAGCCGACAGUGGCCAUUGUGUCCUCGACCGGUGACCAUAUUAUCUCAGAGCUCAAGGUCUCGAGGCCGAACUUGGGCGCAAGGUCCUUAACAAGUUGAGUGACUUGGGUUGGCUGCGUCCAAACGAC